AUGCAUUUCAGUCUGAAAUUUAUCUUUGUCUUGUGUUUAUCCCUCCUAUCAAACUAUGUUACAGCAGUAGGCCCACUCCAAGAGAGGUCGGGUUGCAACGGAGAUAAUUUGCUGCGAAAUCUCCGAAACAGGAAAUAUAGUAGCUCUGCAAGUAUUUUCUGUUCAGAGUGGCUCCAGAGUGCCGCUACCACACUUGCUGCAACUGCCACUUUAUCGAUCACCGUCACCAGUACACCAGGGGCAGGGACCAUUACUCAAACGAGAACCACCACGAUUACGGGUGUUGAUACCAUAAUUACCACCGUUUUCCCUACGGCUAUCAAUACAUUAGUCAAACGUGUCGAAAUACCAUAUCCUCCCUGGCUCACAAGCACUUACCCCCCGGCUCGCGUUAGUAGUGCUUGUUCCUGUUUCAUUGUGCCGCCAACCAGAGGGCUUUUGACCGUAACCGCGACCGCCGCGACCCGAACCAAUACCAGAACCGAAGUUCUGCUUUCAAUCACGGCUACUCAGACAUCACUUGUGACCCAGACCGCAUCUGCCACAACAACUUCUGUGAUCGAGGGUGGGCCGGUCCCUUGUGGUGUUAUCGGUUGUGCUGAUAGUGAUGGAUUCUAUGAUCAAUUGCAGGGUUCAAAUCUCGUAGGCUGUAGAACCUUCUGCCAAAAUACUCCAUCAUGCCAGUCUUUUCAAUUUGGGUCCCUCGGUUCCGAGACGGUUUGCAACAUAUUUGACACGAAUGUCGCUGAUGCUUACGCCAACGGCUUUUCGAGCGUCAUAAAUUGUCAACAGUUUAGAUUCUACGAUCUCAGGUGCCUCGUUUGA